AUGGCGUUCAAUAUCUACGGACUUUCCACCAGCAACAGUGCUAGCACCUCUUCUUCGUCGGUGAACUUCCCUGUUCCGGCCUCCUCGCUCUCUAUUCUACCAUCUGUUGGGUCUGUGUCGAAGUAUUACGUCGAGUCCAACAAAACACGGCUCCAAACGGCCAACGAGAUCCUCGCCUGUGCCAAAUCCAACGAGACCCCGAAUUUGUUUGUGAUAGGCGGCCCCAAGUACCUGCAGUUGCUCAAGGCAUCCAACAACGAGAUCAGCGUGGAGUACGACCUUGUUUCGCAAAACUCGGGCACAAGAAACAACCAGCACGGACUCAUAGCCGACGCAAAGUUCGGCUACCAACAGUACGGAAGAAACAUAGCAGUGUCCACUCUUUCCGGCUCCAUCCACAUCUACAAUCUCGACCGCGGCAACAGAAUACGAACAACAUUCAGCGACCAUCAAAGGGCGGUCAAUUCCAUAGAUUUCAGCGCAUUGAGCCCGCACACGCUGCUAUCUGGCUCCCAGGACGGGAAGAUGAAAGUCUGGGACCUGCGGCUGAAAAACACAAAGGCCCAGAUCACCAUCAUCGGAAACGCCGACGCAAUCAGAUGCGUGCAGUUCAGCCCGCGCUCGGGCCGCCAGUUCUGCAACAUCUCCGACUCGGGAGUGAUCCAGAAAUGGGACAUCCGCAAGCCCACCACCUUUGAGCGCAAGCUCAACGCACACACGGGACCGGGACUCACACUGGACUGGCAUCCGGAACUCGACUACGUUGUUAGCGGCGGCAGAGACAAACAGGUCCAGGUCUGGAACAUGGCUUCUGGCACCGACCACUUGCGUGACCCGGAUCACGUGAUCAACACCUCGGGAGCGGUGUCGAAAGUGAGCUGGUGUCGCGGACGGGGCAACGGUUCGAUCCUGACGACGGACAUUGCUGCGUGCUACCUUAGCGAUGACCCAACGAUCCAGAUCCUGAGUCUGGGUCGCAAAUAUGUUCCGAAAAACGUGAUAGAGUUCCAUAGCAACCAGGUCACGGGACUGUUUUGGAAGAGCCCCAAGUAUCUUGUUAGCUGUUCCAAGGACAAGUCUGUUGUCCAGCACGACGUGACUCUGGAGCCGCGCGUUAUCGACACGCUGCCCACGGUGGCUGCCGAUUGGGACCAUCGCGCCGGAAGCAGGCUUUUAUUUGUGAAGCAGGAGCGACACCAAUUUGAAGACACGCGCGAAGCAGAGGUGGUUUUGCCGCCAGAAACGUACUCGCCGAACCCGUCGUCGCCGAACCUGAUGGCCAAGCCCCGGCCCAGUCUGCCACGGCAGCUGUCGCAGCCCAACACGCGCGUGUCGCCGUACGCUCUGCUGGCAGACGUUCCGGUAGCAGAGAACGAAACAGAGGUGUUUGAGUUUCUGAGCGCCAACUACAUCAUGGAGGUUCCAGAUGGGAUGGAUCUGCUACAUGUGUGCGAGUACAACGCGUCUGUUGCGGCCGGCGCAGGCAGAUACCGAACUUGUCAGGUUUGGCGCACGUUACAGGCGAGUGUAGCGUGGGACGAGUCCAACAAGGUUCUGAACGGGUUCCAGGCGUUCCAUCUGGACAACCACAGGGACCCUGUGCCCACGGACCCAAGCCGGUCGAGCAUGAACACGAGCGACCGGCUCAGCACGUCGGUGGACUCGUACGACGCCCGGUCCAAAACGUACUUGGAAGAGAACGAGAACGCCAUUGACGACGAGGAGGAAGACGUUGCGGACGCGCGCCCGUUGCAGCCGAUCGAGAUCAACAAGAACCCGGUCGUGCAACACCACUCGACGUUCUCGUUCACCGGGUCGAGCGCAGACUUCGACAACGAGAAACUCAACAUGUCUGGGUCGCCGCACACAAAGUUCCGGUCUAAGUCACUGGCCAUGUCGCAGAUUCCUGUCUCUUUGAGCUCGUCACCAGCCAAGAGCCGUCGACAGUCGAUGAAGGAGACCACGGAGCCGAAAAGUAUCGAGGCUCCGUGGAAUCCAGUGGAACUGCUACGUCGUUCUGCUAAUUAUAGCUGUAUCCAAGGAGACGUGGUUAUGUGUGCCACGUUGGCUCUGCUAUUUGCUCCCAAAUACCCAGACGCCUUCACAGAGACAGAGUGUCAGGAUUGGAUACUCACAUACCACGAAAUGCUACAGAGACGGUGUUUAUUUGAGUCGAGUGCUCAUGUAUUGCGGAUAGCUUCCAAAUCGUACGAGCUCUUCACCAAGAUCGGCCAGACACAAACGUCGCUGCGGCUAUUCUGCCAGCAUUGCAACCAGCCGAUCCUCAACGAGGUGAGCAAGAAUAUGUGGUUGCAGGACCCGGAGAUCGAGUUUGGGUUCUGGUACUGCGACCGGUGCGGCAAGGCACAGGGCGGAUGUGUGUACUGCAACGAGCCGGUCAAGGGCACGUGUGUUGUUCUGGAACGGUGUGGCCACAAGGGCCAUUUCGGGUGUCUCAAGUCGUGGUUCGUCGAGAGCAUGGAGGAGUGUUGUCCCGGGUGCGGUAAGCAGUGUGUAUAA